UUUUACAAAAAUCAACAAUGAUGGAUAUUGGUGUAAAGAUUUACAAUUCAAAAUCAAAUUCUAGGUAUAAAAUAUGAGUGUCUGCAAUAAUUAACAUUAUCACGUGAUAGUGCGUAAAUUUUAUAGUUUUUCUCCUUAAGUUAUAAAAAUGAUGCCAAUGGACUUGCUCAUCAUCUGCUCCAUCCUAGGCAUCACCCAGGGUCUUCCUCAGAAGCCGAACCUCGACGCCAUCUUGAAUCGACGUACAGAUGUGUACAUUGCUGGGUUCUUCCCCUUCGGCAAGGGGGUUGAAAACUCUAACACUGUAGGUCGAGGCGUGAUGCCGAGCGUCAAGCUGGCGCUGGACCACGUGAACGAGCACGAUACUGUGUUGAGAAACUACCGGUUGCAUAUGUGGUGGAAUGAUACUGAGUGCAAUGCAGCGGUUGGUGUGAAGUCGUUUUUUGACAUGAUGCACAGUGGGCCACACAAGUUGAUGCUGUUUGGCGCCGCGUGUACACACGUCACGGAUCCCAUUGCUAAAGCGUCUAAACAUUGGCAUCUUACACAGUUGUCCUACGCGGACACGCACCCAAUGUUCACAAAAGAGGCGUUCCCAAACUUCUUCCGCAUCGUACCCUCGGAGAACGCUUUCAACAUCCCGCGGAUUCGCCUGCUCGAGCACUUCAACUGGACCAGGGUUGGCACGCUGUACCAGAACGAGCCGAGAUAUGCGCUGGCUCAUAAUCGUCUACUCGCUGAUUUAGACAAUGGAAGUUUCGAGAUCGCAGAAACUCAAAGUUUCGCAACUGAAGUUAGAACAGCGCUGAAUAAACUGAAGGAAAAGGAUAUAAGAAUUAUUUUGGGCAACUUUAACGAAACUUGGGCGAUGAGGAUCUUCUGUGAAGCUUACAAGCUGGAAAUGUAUGGUCGUGCGUACACCUGGCUCCUCUUGGGCACGUACAGCCACAAGUGGUGGCAGCGGCGCGCGCCCUGCGCUCAGCGGGAACUCGCCGCCGCGUUGGACACCGCCAUACUGACCGAUCUGCUGCCCUUGUCUACCACUGGGGAGACCACUGUGUCGGGGAUUACAGCAAAAGAUUAUCAAGUGGAGUAUGACCGAAGACGAGGCGUCGAAUAUUCCAGGUUCCAUGGCUACACGUACGAUGGCAUUUGGGCAAUGGCUCUAGCGAUUCAAACGGUAGCUCAUCGCGUGAAGUUGAAAUACAAAGAGAGGACAGUACAAGACUUUCGCUACCGAGACAAGGAGUGGGAGCAAUUGUUUCUGGAUGCGCUCACUAAUGUCACUUUUGAAGGAGUUACGGGUCCUGUACGUUUCUACGACAACGAGCGCAAGGCUUCCAUUCUUUUAAAGCAGUUCCAAGGAGACCUGGUGGGGGAAGUGAAGGUUGGAGAAUAUUGUGCUGAGAGAGAUCACCUCGACUUGAGCAGUGGAGACCCUUUCAAGUGGAUUGGGAAGAACCCACCAAAAGACCGCACCCUCCGUUUGAUCGAGCACACGCAAGUGAAUCUGACGAUCUACAUCGUGCUGGUCUCCUGCUCCUGUAUCGGCAUCCUGCUGGCCACUGGCUUCCUUGCUAUGAAUAUACAUUAUAGGAAUCAGAGGUACAUAAAAAUGUCGUCUCCACACUUGAACAAUCUCAUCAUCGUGGGCUGUAUGCUUACGUAUAUGAGCGUCAUCUUCCUCGGCCUCGACUCCAGCCUCAGUAGCAUCGCGGCGUUUCCAUACAUAUGUACGGCACGAGCGUGGCUCCUGAUGGCAGGAUUCAGUUUAGCUUUUGGCGCCAUGUUCUCUAAAACUUGGCGCGUUCACUCCAUCUUCACUGACGUCAAACUUAAUAAGAAGGUAAUUAAAGACUACCAGCUGUUCAUGGUGGUAGGGGUCCUAUUAUGCGUGGACCUGGCCAUCAUGACCACCUGGCAGAUAUCAGACCCUUUCUACAGAGCCACGAAACAGAUGGAAGCUUAUCCCCAUCCAACAAGUGAAGAUAUCGUUAUAGUACAAGAGAAUGAAUAUUGCCAGUCGGAACGAAUGCCCAUAUUUAUUGGAGUUAUUUAUAUCUACAAAGGAUUAUUAUUGGUGUUCGGUGCGUUUCUCGCGUGGGAGACGCGUCACGUGUCCAUCCCGGCGCUCAACGACUCGAAGCACAUCGGCCUGUCCGUGUACAACGUGCUCAUUAUGUGCAUCAUGGGCGCGCCCAUAGCGCUGGUACUAGCUGAUCACAAGGAUGCGCUCUUCGUAUUGAUCUCAAUUUUCAUCAUUUUCUGCACAACCGCUACUCUUUGUCUGGUGUUUGUUCCAAAGCUACUCGAACUGCGCCGUAACGGGCAGCCAGGUGCAACGGGCACACGUAUCCGCGCCACACUGCGGCCUGCGGCCGCACACGAGGUGCGCUCGCCCGGGCCCGAGCUCGAGCGCCGCCUCAAGGAGCUGCGCCACUACAACACGCGCUACCGCCGCACGCUGCAGGCCAAGGAGACCGAGCUGCAGAUGCUACUCAGCAAACUAGGCGAAGAUAUCGAUGCAUCAAUAAAGGACGCCAAGUCGCCAGCGACACAACGCACCAAAUUGCACAUACCUAAAGAAAACAUCAGUCAUCCUGAGACGAGCGACAUAACAUCGACGUGCAGUCUGAGCGCAUCCGCGGCGGACAACGAGUUCACCAGCAUCGCAUCGCAACUACUUGUUGAUAAGCCAAAACCAAUAGUCCAAGAAGUGAAAGAAGUAAAGGAACCAAAGAAAGAACAGACAAAGAACGUAUCCUUCAAGAACCACCUCGACUACACCAGCCCACCUUCUUCCAAAGCCGUGCCGGAGAAGGACCAGCUAGCUAAAUUACCUUAUGGAUGGUCUGCGAAUGAGGAAGAACUUCCUAAACCAGAGCCAAUAAAAGCCGAAACUAAAACAAUCCCAGCGCUGAAAACCAGCACCGCUGACCCGGCCAAGUCAGUGCCGACCAAGUUACAGGAACCCAUGUAUAUUAAGACUGCACCCAAGGUUAAUAAGACGCCAGAACUCCAGAAAAAAAUCAAAACCCCCGAGGGUAUGAAGACCCCACCAAGAGAAUCCCGUACCCGUGCCCAUAGACGCAGUGGAUCUGGACAUGUGCUGCUGUCUGACCUCAUGAGGGUGUCUUCUGAUGACCAGGAACCACCUCCAGGGUUGGAGAGGAAGGUUAUUGGCCAAGAACGAGACCCGCCCAUACCUCCGAAACCGAAACAAGAACCUGAAGAUAUCCUCGACAUUGAUCUAGAUUAUUCGUCAAUGGAAAGAAGGAAAUCUUGUCAGAGAAAAGAUUCAGAGAGGAGAAAGAAAGAGAAUUACAUCGUGGUACAAAGUGACCUGUGGGACACCAACACGUUCCAGUACACGUGCCAAAAGUCGCCGCAAUCAGCGCAUGCACACUCGCCAAUACAGCGAAGUGUAUCUGAGAAAAGUCGACAGCAGUCUUCACCUCGCCAUCACAGAGACAGUGAAACGAAAAACGAAAGGAGAGCAUCCAAUGCAUCAAUUAAUCAUACGGGUACAAUGAGGGUGGGAACACCAGAAGGAUAUCGAGAGGCUGAAACACUGCGAAUGACAGACCGGCUGUCUAAGCGUCGUGGCUCGGAGUUCCCUCAGCCAGUGAGCACUCCUCCGUAUCAGACCCUCACCAAGAGGAGACAGUCCACUGCACAGAUAAGGUAUCAAGAAGAGAAGCCGGAGAGAAUAGAAGUGCAGAAGAAAGAAGAGCGGAAAAUUCUGGAAAAGACUAAAGAGAUACAGGAAGAUAACUGGAAGCCAGAUCCUGAUACUAUUAGAGUUUCUAAAGGCCAAGAAUCCCCAGCAAAGCGUCUCCGGCAAGAAGCCGAACCGCUCAAACGAGCAAACGAAGCCCGUCUCUCACAAGCCGCACCGACCCGAGUAUCACAAACACAAGUGCCACAGGCACAGGUGCCACAAACAAAAGUGCCACAGUCACAAGUGCCACAAACACCGUAUGUGCCACAAGUGCCAACAACUCGUGCGCACGCGCAUCCGCCACAUCAUAAGAGUAGUCCUAAUGUUGCUGCGCGGAAGAGUGAAUCAGCAAGUACCCGCGAAGAGCGCAAAUCGUACACACGCGACUCCAAGCGACAAGACUCCGACCGCAAAAUGUACACAGCCAGUUCCGAAUCAGAACUAUUCGAGUACGCCAUACUUCCGAUAUUCCAGAAACUUCUCACAGAACGACAUAAGAGCCAACCACACGGUUUAAACCUUAGUUAUGGCGUCAGUUGUCCGAAUAUAUCGAUAAAAUGCGAUAUCGUUGAAUAUCUGUAGCUUUUGACUGAUUUUUUUAUCUGUGCGCCAUUUUUAAACGCG